GGAGUAAAUUGUAAAAUCUUUAUUAGUCACUCCAUCAAGAGAAGAAUUUUCUCUUCUAACAGUACACACGCCGUUUUCUUGUAUUUACGAUCUAAUUCCUUACACACCUGAUUGAAUUACACAUAUUAGAGUAAUAUUUGAUCUGGAUUGUAUUAUGUUUUAUAAGCUAUUGGUUGUUCAAGUACAUAUAAUAUAGUUUUUUCUCCGGUCCUGCAUUGAAGAAAAGAACACGUGGAGUUCUAUGCCUAUCUCGGAAAGGGUGACUGCGUCCGAGUGUGUAUUAUAGUACGCAGAUAAUAAAACUACUUAUAUACACGGUUUUUGAAGGAAGGUUAAACAGCGUAACAGGUGCACUGGCGAACAAGAGAGUCAAAGAGAGAUAAAUAUCAUCUACCCAGACACCGGAGUCGAAGAACUAAUGAUGCUGACGGAAGAGGAAACCCCAAAAGAAACCGGCCUUGUCGAAGAAACAGGAGAAAUGGCCGACGUCGAGGAAGCAAUAGACAGAAUCGAUGAAACUAUAGACAUCAUCAGCGUAAAGGGAUCUUGUCUGCCUCACGUGAUGAUUGAGUUGGAAGGUAUUCCAGUUUGCUUCGUGGUAGACACUGGGUGUGAGAUGAGUUCCAUUACCAGAGAACAAAUGACAAGCUUGGGUUUUGAGGAGAGCGAUUUGGUGAAUACCAACGGCACUUUUCAUUUGGUUGUCAGUGUUAAGAUCAAUAAUUAUAAGUUUGUCGAGCUUUUCUACGUUUUGAGCAAUUUUGAAGACAACUUGCUUGGUCUCAAUAUUCUUGCUAAUUACUGUUGCAUCAUAGAUUUGGAUAAGGACACACUAACUUUCCGAGAGCUUUACAUGGAUGCUUCAUGGGACCUACGAAAGACCACAGUGAAUAUUCAGGGGAAGGACGUGGAAAUGGAUAUUGACACAGGCGCUGAAAGCUAUAUGACCGGCACCUUGAGUCUGGCAAAGGAGCUCAACUUACCCCUGAAGGCUAUACAAGGGUAUUCCAUAAUUGGUGUGGGUUAUGAAGUGGCUGUUCCAUAUGUGGCCCCAGAUUUGUGCAUUAAGGCAUUCGGUCGUGAGGUGCACGAUGCCUGGUACAAGGUUAAACCCGACGAAACUCCAGAGGGAUAUAAAGAUCCUACACUGGGAGUGCCAUUCUUCUACGGACUGCGUCUGCUGUUCAACCCGGACGGGUCUUUUGAAGUAAUGGAACCAGAGACGGAGGACGUGAUGAGAAGCUCAGAUGAGCUAAGUGAAGAGAGGGAAAUCUCAACAAGAGGAGACACCUCUGGAUCUAAAACGAUACCCUCUGCGAUAGCCAUGGACAAGCCUCAGGGAUCGGAUAAGGAAGCCACCAUGACAGCCACAGAGGACCCUAAGGAAUCCGAUGAGGAAACCACAGUGGUAGAUAUGGACAAACCUCAGACAUGUGAUGAAAAACCUGCAACGAAAGCUGCAGAAAAGCACCAGGAAUCCAAUAAGGAACCAACUGCAACAGCUGCAGAAGUGCCUCAGGGGAUCUGAUGAGGAACCCACCAGGGAGACCACGAAAUCGCCUCAGAGAGCUGAUGAAGAGCCCACCACAGGUGCUGAAGAUCUUCGAGAACCCGAUAAACCAAUGCCCCCAAUAUGUGUGGGGGAGUGAGAAUGGGUAUGCGUCUGUAUCAGCGCUUGAGUGUAAAUCUAGGUCAUUUACCCCCCCCCCCCCCCACUCACACAC